UGAGUGGGCGCCAGGCGUCGGGAACUGACCGUGGUGCUGAGCGCGCAGCUCGCUAUCGGGCGCGGCUCCCAGACCUGCCAAGACCGCAUACCGCGACACUCCCGGCCUCAGCGCAGCGGGGACACUGCAGCAUGGAGCUGAAGAGAGGAAAGACCUUCAUCAAAUCUAGCCUGCAGAUUGACCACGAGAAACCUCCAGACCCAGCAGCGACUGCCCUGACCACAGAGGAUGCAAUCUCACUGGGAGGGCAGCAGCUGCCCCACAGUGAGAGGGGCCCCCAGGUCAGUCCCAGCACCCAAGGAUACAACAGAUGCUCCGAUCGGGAAGCCCAGCCAGACACCAGUGGAGGGCCUGCAGCUCUCUGUGGGGCCACCUUCAAACUGGCUCGGAAAAGCAAGAAUCACGACAGUGUGCCCAGGGCUGACAGGGCAGCCACAGCUACAGGGCAGUUGGUGGGCAGUGCAAGUUUCCCAGGGCCCCCCAGCAGCCAACGCAUGAUUGACUACCGCCACUUUGUGCCCCAGAUGCCCUUCGUACCAGCUGUGGCCAAGAGCAUGCCAAGGAAGAGGAUUUCCCUGAAACGACCCAAGAAGUGCUUUCGUAACCUAUUCCACAUCCGCAGAAACAAGACUGAGAAUUUGCCCUCACAGGCAACUGAGGGGCAGGGCUUGUCUUCUCCCAAGGGCCCAUCAGAGACUGGAGGGCAGCGAGGCAUAGCCUUCCUCCCCUUGGGCGAGGAACUGGGACUGGAUGGCCAGUGCCAGGACCUGUCUGACAGUGAGUUCCUGCCCGACUCUUCCUUUGACCUCUGCAGGGCACUGUGUGAGGACGUGGCCUCACUGAAGAGCUUCGACUCACUCACAGGCUGUGGGGAGAUCUUUGCAGAUGAAAGCUCAGUGCCAUCCCUGGAGCUGAACGAGGGCCUGGCAAGCCCUGCCCAGAGAUCACAGGCCUCUGACAGCAAGACUCCCGGGGGCCCCUUCCAAGGCAGCAUAGAGCAGCUGGCAUCGCCUGCCCAGAAUGAGAUGUCUGACUUUGCCAAGUUCUGGGACCGUGUGAAUCACUCGGUGAGUCAGCAGCAGCACGCCCUGCUAGGCCCGAGGCUGGGAGGCCCCCAGGCGUCAGACACAGCUCAGCCCAGGCCAGAUGCAGCUGGGCUGGCUGAGCUCCCCCUGUGCCCAUGCAGAGAUCCCCACAGCAGCUCCAAAGCCAGCUCCGUAGACACAGGAACCCCCAAGAGUGAGCGGCCGGAGUCUGUGUCCACGAGCGACGAGGGCUACUAUGACUCCUUCUCACCAGGCCUCGAGGAGGAUAAGAAGGAGGCCCCGAGCCCAGGCACACCCACAGCCACCUUCCCCAGGGACAGCUACAGUGGAGACGCCCUCUAUGAGCUCUUCUAUGACCCCGCUGAGGGCCCUGGGAGUCCGAGCCUGGAUGAUGACUUGUGCGUGUCUGAGAGUCUAUCGGGGCCUGCAAUGGGAGCCCCCUUGUCCAUGUGCAGCUUCCGUGUUGGGGCAGAGGAGAACCUGGCUCCAAUUCCAGGCCCAGACCUGCUCAACCAGGGCUUCUUGCAGAGCUCUUGGAGGGGCAGAGAGUGCCUGCUGAAGCUCUGUGACACCGAGUUGGCCAUCACCAUGGGCAUCAUCAACUGGCUCCGCCGGGGCCCGGAGCUCCGCGCCUUGCCUGCCUCAGCUCUCAGAGAGCCGACAGCUCCCCCGGGAGGGCUGCUGGAGAAAUCAGGAGCUGGCUCUGAGAAGAUGGGCCUAGGUCCAGUGAAACUGGAGGGCAGGGGGACCCAGGCUUUAGAUGCAGGUAGGACCUGUAUGAGCUCUGCACCCAACAGGAAGGAGCUGUGGGCAUGUUCAGGUCCCAAGGGCCUGCUUGCUGGAGUGAGCAAGGUCCUAGCCGGGGCCACACAGGAGACCAGGUCUUCAUCCUGUGACCCCUCUCUGGAGUGUGUGCAGGUCUCUGGGGAACAAGGCACACCAGGCCACCCUGAAGGCUCUUUUUCCUCUGUAGGGUCUGAAGCUGCCGUGGCAACCAACACAUCCAGGAGAAACAAGGUCCCAAACCCAUCUGUCUGGCCUGGCUCCCAGGAGCCCAGGCUGCCUAGGAACCUCGGGUGUUUCCAAGGUCCCUGGAGGCCAGGUCCUAGGGGAAGCACCAUGGAUUCAAAACUCACCCUGACAGACUGUGUGGCCCAGGUGGAAGCCCUACAGAUCAACCCAGACUGCCAGUCCCCUGGGGUUCAGCCCCCAAGACAAAACACAGGUAGUGGGCUCUGCGGGAAGCCUCAGGCUGGGGGCCCUGACAUUCUGCAACAGAAACAGCCUAAUGGCUUCCCUAAUCUGGCUGCCAUCUGCAGUCUGCCCUCCCUGGCCAACCCACUCCACCUCCCACAGGACCAGAGAUGCCCAGGCAGCAUUCUGGACCUGAGUCAGCUCAGGGAGGAGCCCGCCACGCUGAAUGUCCAGGCCCAUGUCUCUGUGGAGGGCCGGCCCCUGCAGUUCAACUCAAGGGCUAUGGAGCAGGCUGCACAGAGGGGCCGGCUGGACUUGUAGCAUGCCUCUGCCUGGGAUCACAUGCCAGGAAUCUGGGCCUCACUUCCAACACCUAGGGAGAGGGGCCUCCCCUCUGCAAGUGCCCAGAAACCCACUGCAUCUUUUUGGAUCACAAGGGAUCCUCUUCAACCAGCAGGAAGGAGGGGCUACCAGGACAGCAGGACUGAGCCCCAGCUUUGGAACAGUUUUGCAUCCUUGGGACCACAUUCAGGAGAGUCUAAGACCUAAAUCUCCAUCCUUUGUUCCUGAUGUGAGGACUGGAGGACUGUACUGGGGGGAAGGGAGUGUCAGUAUUCAGUCAGGCAGAGUGGGGCAUUUUAACGUGGAGGCAUCCAUGCCUAAACUCAACAGCUCUGCCAGGAGAGGUCCCGGGAAGCCCAAGGCCAAGGCCAACUGCAAAGCUGCCAGUGCUCUCAAGAUGUUCCUCACACACACACACACAAAUGAACAGUCUAAACCCAGGUGGCUAAACAUACCCUUGGCCACUUACCAUACAGUAUGUUGGAGAGAGGAACUCGGGCUUGAAACUUUUGGGGAUGGAAACAGUACAUAUUGUAAAGGGCGCAUAUUGUGCGGAUAAGUCUGAACAAGAAUUGAGAGUAAUAAAUGUGAGUGAGGAAUCUGAGACUUGGGUACAAGCUUGAGACUGGGGGUUAGCUCAGAAGUGUCUACUUGCCCCAUCUCCAGAAUGAGCAGCCAUAACCUGUGACUGAAGGGCUGAAGGGCCCUGAAAGGCUGCUCUAAGGGAAUCAGAAGCGGGACCAGCCGUCUUAGCAAGAGCCUUGAACCAGCAGAUACCAUGCAUUCCUGUGCAACCUUGCCAGGGCUGGCCAGACUCUGGAGACCCUGAACAACGGGUGUUCCCUGUCACAGAACAUCCCAUACAAACAAUGCUUUCCCCCAAUUUGCACUGUCUAACUGAUCUGUGGGCGGCAAGAUGCUCUUGGGGAUGAAGCUGUCUGAUUCUCCACACUGCCAUUUUCACUCUCCAUGCUGCCAGCAUCCUAGCCUCCUCUUGCAGGAAGGCUCAAUUUUGAAUGAAGCUGUAUCCCCCAACCCCUCAAAAAAAAAAAAGUCACAACAUUUGCACAGCACCAAACAUUCAGAAUCCCAAAAGGAAAGGUGGCUUGUAUAUCAGGAAGGGCAGGUGUCGGUCUGGCCAGCCUCAGGGCAGCAGACCAACAGCAAGCUCCUUGACAGGGUCCUCUCUGAUUAGAUCCUGCCUCAGGUGCCAUGUUUCAUUGAGGUGCCAGGCCGGGAGAGGGGGCAGUAUGCUACAGGCAGCUAUGAAACUGUUUCUUGAAGAGAUGCCAUGGGCCCAGUGAUGAGGGAGGAAUUCCAGACAGAGGGACGCAGUCUGACCACAGGCUGGGGCCAGUCUCGAUUGUCCAAGGCUUUGUUUUCAGGCUGGAACAUGCUUCACAGCUCUCAUUAACUGUUACCUGUGGCCUGCUAUGGGAGGAUGAGGACAGCAAAUGGGAGGCUCAAAGGGGCAUGACAAGGCUCCUGAACAGGCCCACUGAGACAGGACACAUGGAAGGCUAGGGCCAGACUUCCUGGGAAGCCACACUUGACCCUUCCUCCUAGGACGGUCACAGUGACAGUUUUGGGGCCUUGACAUGAGCAGCUGAUGCAUGUCAGCUGCUUUCCUGGCUUCUGACAUGGAAACAAAGGCCAUGGUGUGGAUGUGACUUGCCCACAUCAUACUCAGUCAGCAUGUGGGGCCUAGCUCUUGGCCGACCCCACUGUGAACACCCCUCUCAAGGCCCCCACUCCUUCCUUCUUUCAGGAUACAGGCGUCUGGGGCCUCUGGGUGCCAGGAGUGCACCUCCCUGUUACUCCGUACUGCACCUAGUAGAGCGAGUGCCCAGUGAAUACUGUUGCAAGAAUGAAAUAUCAAAAAGUUGUGCAUGGUUUUCUGAUUUCUUGCUGCCUGUGGGCCUGGGGUCUAGAGAGCAACAGAGUUGGAUUUAACUUAGUUGAACUUCUGACAAAGACUUCCUUGAUAUGACACAGUGAUUCAUAGAGAUGUGGAAGAACCAGCCCAGCCAAGAAGUACUGGGAAGGGUAUGAACCAAGGUGGUCCCAGGACUCAGAGGCCAUGGCAAAGAGUGACCCAACAUGCAAGGAAGCAGAUAUAAAGACCUGUGCCGUGCCUACCUGCCCAGUGGCCCUCAAUCUGUGGAGGAUCUUAAGCAAUGCUGGCACCGCAGAGAUUAUCAUUCAGCAAUCUGAGUAGCUGACCCAGCAGUGGUCUGCGAGACAUCUUGCUGGGAGAGUGAAGGAGCCAUGUGAUCUUUUUGUGUUCUGUGAGUCAAGGUUCCCUCAGCCCAUCUCUCUCUCUGUAACCCACUCUUCAGGCUGCCCUUCCCAGCAAGAGGAAUCCAGGAAUUGCCAGCCUGAUUGGGCUCCGCAGGCCUCAGGCGUGUCCUUGAGGUGACCCACUGCUAGGAAGAGAGGGACUUUCGGAGUCAGCUCCUGGGACAGGUGUCUAACCCAGGGAUGAGUGUGGAAGAGCUCUGCACGGGGCAUUUUCAGAACUGGUCAAUUUCCAGUCCUUCUGUUCACACAGGGCUGUAGAAGUUAUAGAAAGUUUUUCCCAGGUAAAGUCAAGUCCUGAGGAGAAAGUCCAGCUGUCCCCAGCUCUCAGCUGUCCCAGGGUCACAUGG